AUGACGCACAGCAACUCCCCGCUUAGUCAACACAGGCGUGAGAUCCGACUUGUACGCUUCCUCAGCCCUAGCAUCUCAGAAUCUCAAGAUCCGCCCGGGACCAUCCAUCUCGAACUCCGCCAUGCAUCCCUCGACGACGAGAACACGCGCUAUUGGGCGCUAUCGUACGUCUGGGGCGAUAUCGCCGACCCAAUUAUCAUAUAUGUUAACAAUACGCCAAUCUUGAUCCGUCGCAAUCUUUAUGCCGCGCUCAUACAGCUGUACAAGGAUACAACAGCAGCCGCUACCGGCCACGCACCGCCAUGGCUCUGGAUUGACGCUAUCUGCGUCCAGCAGCUCUCUGUCGAGGAGAAAACCUGGCAGGUUAGGCUAAUGCAGUACAUCUUCAGCCAGGCGGAGGCAGUGCAGAUGUGGCUAGGCCCGGGGACGGAGAGGUCCGAUAUGGCCAUGGACUUCAUUUGUCGUUUUGGGCCAAGGGCUAUGGCCACUGGUAUCUUGAAUGUGGGGCAAAACGCGAACUUCCGGGACGAUUUGCGCGAUGCGGUGUCUCUGCACCCUGGCCCAAGUCAAAGCUUGCCGAUCGCUCUUGCUAUCUCAGAUCUAAUGACUCGCGAAUACUGGAAUCGCAUCUGGAUCGUGCAAGAGGUCGCACUCGCAUCGAAAGCUCGUGUUCUAUGCGGCACUAAAUCUGUGCCGCUAAACAUCUUUGACUCAGCACUAUCAGUUGUCGACAUAAGUCCGCGUGGCUUCACAGGCGGUCUUUCUGGGGUAUUUUCCACAUGCAUACCGCUACAAAUCCGCCGAAGCACCGCCGGGCCGGCCAUUCUACUCCGCUUCAAAUCCACGCGACAUUAUCUUCGGGAUCCUGGGCCUUAUCUCAGAGGACGAUAG